CAAAGAUCCGACUCGCUGCGUCAUGGUCCUGUGGUGUACCGCGGUGAGGCGUUAGCAUUAGCACGUUAAACAUGGCGGUGUGUAAACACUCAGCUUUACUGUUCUGUUUGUCUGCACGAUGAGAAAACUGUACAGAUAAACAUGGCGUUUAUCACCGAAUCAAACAGAGGAAUUUUACUGCUUUUAGUUUUUUACAUGAUUUCCGUUUCAUUCACAACUCCGGCAGAUGAAGGUGUGACUGCUGGGUCUGAAAUCCUUGAUGGAUCAGAGGACGCAAAAUGUCUGUCUCAAAGACAGUUUAAGACGGCAGAAAUGGCAGACGCUGUGUUGGGGACGGAGGAGUCUGGGAACACGGCCGGGAUCGAAGCUCUUAUUCCUAAAAGCCUGAUCUCUACACCAUGUGAGAAGGAAGUGAAGGUGGAGGAGGACGCAGUGAUGGAGGAGGACACAGUGAUGGAGGAGGUAGUUCAGACAAAGCCAGAACGUCCAGCAGGAGGUGACGAGCAGAACUCCACAGAAACUGCCAAGACUUAUAAAGUGAGCUGUGAUAAAAGGAGCAUUGCUGGACUCGACACCUUCACAGUGCAGGUUCUCAACUCAUCACAGGACCUGAUGGACUUCCUGAACGUGAACAGCUCCGAGUGCUCAUUGGUUCUUUUUUACACUUCCUGGUGUCAGUUCUCCGCCCACCUUGCUCCUCACUUUAACGCUUUGCCAAGAGUUUUUCCCAUCAUGCAUUUCCUCGCUCUUGAUGCCUCACAACACAGCAGUUUGUCCACGCGAUUUGGGACGGUUGCUGUCCCCAACAUUCUGCUGUUUCAGGGAGCGAAACCGAUGGCACGUUUUAACCACACAGAGAGAACACUCGAGACGCUAACAGCCUUCAUCGCUAAUCAAACAGGGUUCGAGGCAGUCGGGGGUCAGGUGGUGACGGAUGAUGAUCGUGUUGGUCCUUUACUCAGCCUUCCAGUGAGGAGCAUCGACUGGCUUUUCGUCUUCAGUGUGCUGUUUUUAUCUGUGUUUAGUGUGUACGCCGUGCUGCGCACCGACAGCGUCCGGCUGCUGAUUCCCGGCCACGAGCACGAGCACCAGGACUGAUCCACCACCAUCAUCAUCAUUAUUAUUAUUAUUAGUUUGGUGUUUUGUGUUUAAACUGUUUCUAAAUCUGAGAAUUUGUGUCAAUAAACAAUAAAAAUAAUA